AUGGAGCCCAGAAACGAUCAUGUGCAACCCUGUGAUUAUGAAGCCACCGCACUUCUUAACUUUAUUGAUUUGGAGAGGGGCUCCCUGCACGAGAGGCGCACCCAUUUAGGGAGCCUUUUCGCGUCCCGAUCCGGCUCCGGAGCGCAAGGAUGCCUCCACUCCCGCCCGGCCCCGGCCGCGGGCGCCGAGCACACGCACCACCUGACUCGCGCUCCCAUUGGCUGCUGCCUGUUGCUAACCCACGUGAUCGGCGCCGGCGCGCCCCGCCUUCGGCCCCGCCCCCGCCCCCGCCCCCGCGGGCUCCCGCGGCUCGGCUCCGCCGCGCGUUCCUGCGGGGGUGGCGUGGGCCGCGCCGGGCUCCGAGCUCUCGGCCGCCCGCCCCUGCAGACUGCAAGUCUCCGCGCGGCGCCCGGGCGGGCGGCCGGUGUCCACAAGGUGGCAGUGCCGCGCUGCUGGUGUCCUGGCCGGGGGUCCGCACGCGCCGCGCAGGCCGGCCGGAGUCCGCACUUCCCUCCUGCCAAAGUUUUAAUGACAUAUAGACACACCCGGACCUGGGUCACCCCCAGGGCCGGCUGGCCGCGCCCCUCAGAUCUGGGGGUUCCCCUGGGAGAGAUGCAUGCCCCGAUGGCGUCUUUGUCCCAACUCAGGGAAUCAGAACUUGGGAUCUGUGAGUGCAGCAGGUCUACACCACCACCAUUUCGGAGGAUCUCUCCACGCACCGGAGUCCUGGAAUCCUAACCCGCUCAAGUGGAGAAUAUCCCGGGAACGUCCUGGUCCCGAGGCUUGUCCCGGGCUGCCCUUAAUUCCAGACUCAGAGAGAGAUAAGCUCCUCUGACCUCGUUUGACCCCGCUGCAGGCGCCGGGUGUCCUCAUUCAGCGUGUGCGGGUUGGAGGGUCGACUUUUCUCCCUGCUCACUGGAAUUUUAU